CUCCAGUCCUAGCCCCUCCCCCAAAGGAGGAGUCACAGAGGGCAUUAGUUGGCACAGGGGUGGGAGGGCAACAGGGAUCAACCCACCAGCCAGCUGCCUUAAAAAGAAAGACCAGGGGGUGCCAGGAUGAAGGACUAGACCCCAGAGGGAGGUGACAUUACAAGACAUCUGUGAAGAGGGAGGUGUGGGGUGAGGUUGGGGGCUCAGAAGGAUGGAGCCUGUGACAUCAACAUCUGCCCUAAAGGAAAUGGCAACAGUGGAACCAGAUUCUAAGUCAGUGUCCAGGCCAGACCAGGAACCCGAGCUGGACCAGAGACCGAUAAUCCAACCAGAGCCUGGGUCAAAAAAAAGUCCCACAGUCCAGCCAGAAUGGAAACCUCAGCAGGAACCCAGCACCCAACAGGAAUUUGUAUCAGAGCAAAGACCCCUUACCCAGCAGAAGCCCUUCACUCAGUGUGAAGUGGAAUCACAGCAGGAACCUAGCACCCAGCAAAAAUCUGCAUUGUAUCAGGAAUGUCCUACCCCAAAGCAAUUACCCGACACCCAAAGGGAGCACUUCAAUCAGCACGAAGCUGCCAUACUUCAGGGACCUGGGGCAGAAAAAGUGUCUACAACUCAACAAGAAUCAGAACUGAGACAGGGAGAUGUAGCCCAGCCAGAACCCAUGCCAGCAGAGCUAUCUCUUGGUCAAAACGCUGAAUUAGCAUCUACAGUCCAGGGACUAUCUGGACCCAAAGAAGAACCACCUGCUCAGAUAGAGUCUACAUCCCCAAAGAGGCCUGAACAGUCAGACCCUAAGGCUCAAGAAACACUUCCAGCCCCGGAGGCCAAAUCCAAGGAGAAAACUUUAACAGAGUGGAGAUUUCUAACAAAACUACACAAACUAUCCCUACAGCAAUCUGCCCAAGAGUGGAAGGCAUUUUUUGAAUGGGUCACAGAUUCAGAGUCAGAAACAAAUGCUAGGCCACCUUCAGAGAAAGAUGAAACAGUGGCCCUCCGAGUGAAGGUAGCCUCCAAAAGGAAAGCUGGCUACGACGCAAUGCCCGGAUGCAGUGGAAGGUCUCUACAGGGGAAGACCAGUGCCCAGGAUUACAAACGCCACCCAAACACAGCCUCCCGGCUCAUGCAUACCAUGGACCUGCGCACAAUGACACAGUCGCUGGUGACUCUGGCGGAAGACAACAUGGCCUUUUUCUCCAGCCAGGGCCCCGGGGAGACAGCACGGCGGCUGACAAGCGUUUUUGCAGGUGUGCGAGAGCAGGCACUGGGGCUGGAGCCAGCCCUGGUCCGCCUGCUGGGCGUGGCGCACCUCUUUGACCUGGACCCAGAGACGCCGGCCAAUGGGUACCGCAGCCUGGUGCACACAGCCCGCUGCUGCCUGGCACACCUGCUCCACAAAUCCCGCUAUGUGGCCUCCAACCGCCGCAGCAUCUUCUUCCGAGCCAGCCACAACCUGGCGGAACUGGAGGCCUACCUGGCUGCCAUCACCCAGCUCCGCGCUCUGGCGUACUAUGCCCAGCACCUGCUGGCCACCAACCGGCCAGGGGUGCUCUUCUUUGAGGGAGAUGAGGGGCUCACCGCUGAGUUCCUGAGCGAGUAUGUCACGCUGCAUAAAGGCUGCUUCUAUGGCCGCUGCCUGGGCUUCCAGUUCACGCCCGCCAUCCGACCAUUCCUGCAGACCAUCUCCAUCGGGCUGGUGUCCUUUGGGGAGCACUACAAACGCAACGAGACAGGCCUCGGUGUGACCGCCAGCUCACUCUUCACCAGUGGCCGCUUUGCCAUCGACCCGGAGCUUCGUGGGGCCGAAUUUGAGCGGGUCAUACAGAACCUGGACGUGCAUUUCUGGAAAGCCUUCUGGAAUAUCACAGAGAUCGAGGUGUUGUCGUCUCUGGCCAACAUGGCGUCAGCCACCGUGAAGGUCAGCCGUCUACUCAGCCUGCCCCCUGAGGCCUUUGAGAUGCCGCUGACCUCUGACCCCAGGCUCACAGUCACCAUCUCACCUCCCUUGGCCCACACCGGCCCUGGGCCUGUCCUCAUCAGGCUCAUCUCCUAUGAACUCCGUGAAGGACAGGACAGCGAGGCGCUCAGCAGUCUGGUGAAAUCCGAGGGCCCAUGGAACCUCGACCUGCGGCCCUGGCCCCAGCAUGCACCCCGCUCUCGGUCCCUGGUGGUGCACUUCCACGGUGGCGGCUUUGUAGCCCAGACCUCCAAAUCCCAUGAGCCCUACCUCAAGGGCUGGGCCCAGGAGCUGGGUGUCCCCAUCAUCUCCAUCGACUACUCCCUGGCCCCUGAGGCGCCCUUCCCCCGAGCGCUGGAGGAAUGCUUCUAUGCCUACUGCUGGGCCGUCAAGAACUGCGCCCUCCUCGGUUCAACAGGGGAGCAGAUAUGCCUUGCUGGGGACAGUGCAGGUGGGAAUCUCUGCUUCACCGUGUCCCUUCGAGCAGCGGCCUAUGGGGUACGGGUCCCUGAUGGCAUCAUGGCAGCCUACCCAGCCACAAUGCUGCAGACGGCCGCCUCUCCCUCCCGCCUUCUGAGCCUCAUGGACCCACUGCUGCCCCUCAGCGUGCUCUCCAAGUGUGUCACCGCCUAUGCAGGUGCAGAAACAGAGGACUACUCCAGCUCGGACCAGAAGGCCCUGGGCAUGAUGGGGAUAAUGAGGCGGGACACAUCCCUGCUCCUCAGAGACCUCCGCGUGGGCGCCUCCUCCUGGCUCAACUCCUUCCUGGAGCUGAGCGGGCACAAGUCCCAGAAGAAACCAGUGCCUGUCACAGAGUCAAUACGGCGAAGUGUGUCCGAGGCCGCACUGGCCCAGCUGGACAGCCCAGUGGGCACAGAUUCCCUGAAGGGCUGCUCCGAGUCGUCAGAUGUCGCCAAGAUGCCCGAGGUGUCACAGUCCCUGGAGACACUUGGUCCCUCCCAAGCCUCAGACGUCAACUUCUUUCUGCUGCCUGAGGAUGCACUAGAAGAAGCGGAGGCCAAAGAAGGGGUGAGCACCAGGGACACAGGCCCUAGCAACAGAGCCGCCUUCCCGGAAGGUUUCCAGCCGCGGCGCUCCAGCCAGGGUCCCACGCAUAUGCCCCUCUACUCGGCGCCCAUCGUCAAGAACCCGUUCAUGUCGCCGCUGCUGGCGCCCGACCACAUGCUCAAGACCCUGCCGCCUGUGCACAUCGUGGCUUGUGCGCUGGACCCCAUGCUGGACGACUCGGUCAUGUUCGCUCGGCGACUGCGCGCGCUGGGCCAGCCGGUGACGCUGCGCGUGGUGGAGGACCUGCCGCACGGCUUCCUGAGCCUGGCCUCGCUGUGCCGGGAGACGCGACAGGCCGCCCAGCUGUGCGUGGAGCGCAUCCGCCUCGUCCUCACUCCGCCCGCCGCGCCGCAGCCCUGAGGCGGCCCGGGCAGGGGCCGAGCUGUGCGGAGAUGGGAGCUCCGAGGGGGCGACACUAAAGACCUUUCGUUCGCAUCUGCACCGCCUCGGUGGUAAAUGUGACCAGGGCCAGGCCCCGCUCCGUCUGGUCUGGUCUGGCGGGGCGGGAGGGCGCGGGAGGGCGGGCUGUGCCUUAAAUCGGGGGACCACGAGGGGGUGGGACAGGGGCCCGGUGCUGAAACCUGGCCCCGGGAGAAUGAGACCGGGCCGGGGAGGAGGGUGCGCACAUGCCACCGCCACCGCCGGUCCCCAGACCUGCACUCCACCACUGCCUUCUACUGCUACUGCUGCUGCGACCGACCCACCAUUGCAAGUCGGUUUCUUUUUUUGUAAAUAAAAGUAUUUAAUUGGUUUGGCCUCUCUCAAA